AUGACGAAAAACAACUUGGCUGUGCAUCUUAAAUGGCUUCUAAAACAAGGCCCAUCAUUGUAUCCGACGUUGUCCCCCAGUAUCCCAACUGAACCCGGCAGUCGCGUGUCCCAUCAACCGUCUCCACCCGCCGAUGAAACUCAGUUGCUCGACCAACUUGUCGAAGAUCUAGAUGACUUGGAAGAUGAGAGUAUGGCAAGACUUAUGCUGGCGCCCUCCUCCGGGAGCAAACCAAAAUUGCUCAGUCGAGGUGAUACCCGCUUGCCCAGCUCUCCCACGGUCUCCAAGAAGCCUCCUUCGUCGAGCACCGUGAUUCCAGAAUCGUUUCUCGAGCCACCCUCCUCGUGCACCAAGAAUAUGCGUCCUAAGGCCACACCAAGUCGAUCAGACCGCAGAAUUGCUACGUCCCCGUUCGAUGGAAUCGAGUCCAUCGACCUCACAGGCGAUCCCGAGCGAUUCCUACCCCCGGAUGCGAAGCUUGAUUUAGCGGGCCAGCGACGUUUAUGGAACGAGGAUACCGCGUUGCGGGGAGCAGUCAGCGAGAAACGGGGCCGGAAAAGAAAAAGCGAUGAAUACGACACAGACCUACUUUCACCUGCGAAGCUCGCAGCAAAGGCCGCGUCACCCUCGCAGAAGUCUGGUUCGAAACUGUCACGAGAUGUGAUCUCUGAGAUCCCAAGUAGAGGCACAAGAACGGGCGGUUCGGACGGGCUGAAAAAUACCAGAGCUCACUCUCCGGGGUUACCACAGAAAACCCGCGGACGCGAAAUCGCCGAUUCAGACGAAGAAGACCAAUUUGACGAGAGCUGGCUUCACAACGACGAGAUGAUCAUCGAUUCGAAUACGGGCCUAUACCCUAAACCCCCCAUUGGAUCAUCUCGUCCGGGGAUGCCCGGUCUCGAGCAGCCUCCAAAUCUCCAUGCACUCAAGCGAGACCCGCCGAGACCUACGCCGCCAUCUGCAGGCCCCACGGUCAUGAGCUCUCAGCCCAAAGACGAGACCAUACUCAAAUUCAUGGAUCUUUCGAAUGGCGUCUUCAAGAAUGCCAUCGCCAAAUUACAGCAGACCUUGCAGAAGAAUGCGGAAGUGGUUUACGAAGAGGCGAUGGCCGGGCGACCGGCGCCGGAAUUGGUCGCGGCGAACAAAGGGCUUGUGUCGCAAAUUGAAGCGCUUCAGAGUUUACAGGGCUUGAAAAAAUCGUACAGUGAUUCUUUGUCUCGCAAGCAGCGUCUCAAGCAGGACUUGAUGCGUGUUAUUUCUCAAGGCCAAGAUCCGACCAGCCUACCAGAACUUUCGCAGAGCCGGGCUGUCGAAGCAGAAAUAGAAAUCGCAGAGUCGAGCAUACGGAAGCUUCUUCUCGACACGAAAAUUCUCGACUUUGCUGCUGGGUCUGAACAUAGAUCAGAAAAUUCAUCAACAUCUGUAUCAUCGUCGCUAGACCAAUCGAACGGGCCUACAUCGAGGGAGCUAAGUACGGUUGUUCAAGCUCCUUACAUCCCUGCCGUGAGAGCCCAGGAGGUUCAGAACACCUCGUCCUCUUUUGACUCGCGCGUUGAAUCUCGAAAUGCAGAGUCUCUAGUCUCAAGGAAUAUGGCGUCUCCCCUCGUGGACUUUGAUGAUUUUGAUUGGAGCGAUAGCGACGAAGAAAUGCUGGAGGUAGCUGGGAGCUUCGACCAUCAGGCACAGCCGCCUGCAAAGGAGUCUCUCCAAAAUCGAAAGGUUCUCGCCGAAACGUCUGGGAAUGUGGCCCGCAUGUCCAUGCCUCCGCCGAAGAAAUCGCCUGCGCGCAAUAACUUCUGGUCCAACCAUCCAUGGUCACAAGAAGUUAAAUUCGUCCUCAAAGACAGAUUUCACUUACGUGGCUUUCGUCCUAAUCAACUCGAAGCCAUUGACGCGACUCUUGGUGGGAAGGACGUGUUUGUGCUCAUGCCAACUGGAGGCGGAAAAUCCCUUUGCUAUCAGCUGCCUUCUAUCGUCACCGGUGGCCGCACCCACGGUGUAACCAUUGUCAUAUCUCCACUUUUGAGUUUGAUGCAAGAUCAGGUCGACCAUCUCCGGAAGCUCAACAUCAAGGCUUACUUGAUAAACGGUGAAUCCGACAAAGCGGAGCGGUCAAGGAUUCUCAGUCAAUUGUCCAGCGGCGAUGUUGAGGAUCUGGAGCUCUUGUACAUCACUCCCGAGAUGAUUAACAAAAAUCAGUCCCUGGUCAGAUCAUUGGAAAAUCUUCACCGUCGACAGAAGCUCGCACGUCUAGUGAUUGACGAGGCACAUUGCGUCAGUCAGUGGGGGCAUGAUUUCCGUCCAGAUUACAAGGAACUAGGAGAAGUGCGGGCCAAACUCCCCGGAGUUCCCGUAAUGGCGUUGACUGCAACUGCAACCGAGAACGUCAAGGUUGACGUGAUUCAUAACCUGAAAAUGACGGGCUGUGAGGUGUUCCUGCAGUCAUUCAACAGACCGAACCUGACCUACGAAGUGCGGCCGAAAGGGAAAAACGAUGAAGUGCUUGCCAGCAUCGCCGAAACCAUCACAGGCUCCUACAAGAACCAGUGCGGAAUCGUCUAUUGUCUAUCCCGAAAGAUGUGCGAAAAGGUGGCGGAAGACCUUCGCAAGAAAUACAAACUUCGGGCAGCUCAUUAUCACGCUGGUAUGAAGUCCGAGGCUAAGACGGAUGUCCAGAACAAAUGGCAGCAAGGCAAAUACCACAUCAUCGUGGCAACUAUUGCUUUCGGAAUGGGAAUCGAUAAGCCGGACGUACGCUUUGUCAUGCACCAUAGUAUUCCGAAGAGCUUGGAGGGAUACUACCAGGAGACUGGCCGUGCUGGUCGCGAUGGCAAACGUUCGGGCUGUUAUCUUUAUUACGGAUACAAGGAUGCUGCCACACUCAAGCGCAUGAUUGAUGAGGGAGACGGCAGCUAUGAGCAAAAGGCGCGACAAAAACAUAUGCUACGAAACGUGGUUCAGUUCUGUGAGAAUCGCAGUGACUGUAGGCGAGUACAAGUCCUCGCCUACUUCAACGAGUACUUCAGGCGCGAGGAUUGUGCAAACACCUGCGAUAACUGCAAGUCAGACUCGACUUUUGAGCUUCAUGACUUCUCUCAGCACGCCGCUUGGAUUAUCAAUAUUGUUCGGUGGUUUCAAAAUCAGCCUGGCUCGAGAGGCGAAAGAGGCGAGAAGGUGACUGUGCUCUACUGUGUAGACGUCCUUCGCGGAGACCUGAAAAGAGCCAAAUCUCCCGCACACAAAAGUAUACCAUGGUACGGCAAGGGCUCCGACUUGGACCGUGGUGAAGCAGAACGACUCUUCUAUCGUCUACUGGGCGAGGAUGCUUUGGCUGAGGACAAUGUGAUCAAUGGAAGCGAUUUCGCGGUUCAAUAUCUCAAGCUCGGUCGCCGUGCGAUUGAAUUCGAAACUGGACAGAGUAAAUUGAAGCUUCAAGUCCUCGUGUCGCCCAAGAAGAAAAGCAAAGGAGUCACCCGGCAGAAGCAGACUUCCAAGUCGGGCACGCAAGUUUACCCUCAGUCCACUAUGGUGUCGUCUCCAAUCCAGUCUGCCAAUGACCGCCGCCAAGCCAAAUCCCAGCAACAGCGCCGACGGCAUGUUGACCUUGACUCAACAGACGAUGAGAGUGAUGGCUUCGAACCUCUUCGAGUUGCAGGUAGGCCUCGAAAUGAGAGUGGCCAUGAGGUGGGUCCCCCAAUUAUGGCGGACCAAAAGCUUGAACGGCUCGAUCAUCUGCAUCGUGCUGUUGUGGAAGACUUUGAGGUGUCGGCUAAGAGAUAUUUACAAGAGAUUGUUGUUGAGAAAGGUCUUCGAUCACAGCCGUUCCCUGAUCAAAUUCUGCGUGAUAUGGCCAUCACAUUUCCCCAGAAUAUCUCGGAGCUUUCUGCUAUCAGCGGCAUUGACCCCGACAAGGUCAAACGAUAUGGCCGUCAAAUCCUCAAGUUGAUCGACAACGCCCGGCGCCGCUAUCAUGAGCUCAAGGAUGAGGCGGAAGUUAACGGCAUUGUUCCGGACCCUAAUCACCACAACGUUAUCAACCUCAGCAGCAGUGACGAAUACAGCGAUGACGAUCUAUUUGUUGACCAAGACUCCAACCUUGACCUCGACUACCCUGUAGAUGGUCCGCCGGAGAAUAUCACCAGCCGCUACUUCCCUCCUGCCCCCUCACCAGGUCCCGACCUAGGUGACGAUUAUGGCCAUGCUUCGGCGGCCCCACGUUCGAAGGGUGGCAAGCGUCCAUACACAAAACGACCGCGACGACGCAAUGGCAGCUCUUCGGGGACUUGGAAAGCAAAGGGAGCCCGUUCCAAGGCCAAAUCGGGCGGAGAUCGCGCUGCGAGCGGCAGGUCCUCCACUUCCAACCGAAAAGCCCCCAGCACCAGGGCCCCCAAAUCCACCAUUGGGAUGAUGCCCAUCUAA